CAUUCACAAAAGAGCAGGCAACAAUUCCGAACGAUAAUUCAGUUCAGAAAUUUGUUUUCGUAAAAAAUUAUUAUGCACGUGAAACGUGUACGAAAUAGACGAUAGACAAUGUAGCAUUAGAAAUUUUGUUCAAACCAAAAUUAUUAAUUUAUUAAAAGAAAAUACUCAAAAUUGUGAUAUUAAAAUUCAUUGAAAAUGAAACUACUGAUUAAUGGAAAGUUAUGUUUGUACUACUUGUUGUGCGUUUUGAAUCAUCAAGCGAACUCACUGAAUUUGAUCGCUUAUGUAUCGCAAAAUGGAUUGUUUGGACAAUUUCAAUUCUCUCCACACUCAAAUACUGAAAUUAAAAUUACUACCGAGCUAGCAACCACGCUCCAAUAUCCUGAUCAAAUAUGGAGCUGGGGAAUAAAUGAGUUUCCAGUUGACUACAGUAUUGUCGAUCACAAACGAUGCAGCAAUGAACAACUGGGAAAACAGUUAAUCAAUUUUGAUGAUGCCCUCGGCUACUUAACACUGCCAGGAAAUGAGACAACUACUUGGUUCAGCAAUAUGACCCUGACUGGCGAGAAAGGUCUCUGGGGAAAGUCACUAGUUUUGUCGAAUCCCAAUACAGAUUUCACAAUUUGCGCUACCAUAUCCACAAAAGAUCAAGACACCGAUCACUUAGCUGAAGCCAGAUUUCAUUCGAAAAUUGCUGGUUCCAUUUACUUCCGUUGGCUGUCCGCUAAGAGGAGUGAUCAUUCGGACACAUUAAUUCAUUCGAAUUUGUACCACAAUCAGAAACUAUCGGAGAACGAUGACACAGAUUACACGAGCCACUCGUGGAAACUGUACAUUACCGACAUCUUCGACGACAAAACCGAUCGACCGGAAGAGAAUUGCAAUGUUUUGCAAUUAGUGUUUGAUCCACAAAAUUUGGCGAACGGGAAAUCGAUUGGCGAUAUCGAUUCGCGGUUGGGUGACAUCAAAAUUGCCGCUAAAAUGAAAUCAAUGAGACAGAUAUUUCAAGAUGAUUUGCUGAAAUUGCUUCCGAAUGAUUUAACCGGUCCGCAACGUCAACUGUAUGUGGUCAUAUUCGAUAGUGUGCAUAGGGAAAACUUCCUUGGCUGUGCCAAAAUCCGUCAUGUUAGAUCGAGAAUGGUGAAGUCGACAAUAAACAACAUGGGAGUCAAGGGAGAGAUUACAAUGCAACAAAAGUUGAAAUUCGAGCCUACUUGGGUAGCUUUCAAUUUUUUUGCAGCGUCUAACAAGUCUCGAGAAAAUAUCGAAUUGGUUCGUAGUGUUUCCAAGAUUCUAAUUGCAGAUCUACCACCGAAUCCAAUUUUCGCUAAUAAACUGGACUUUUGUUCCACGUCUGGCGAAAUGUUCAAUCCCACCGGUAUCGAUUUAAGCAAAACUCCACCACCCGGCCUGGGAACUCAAGAUCAAUAUGCCGUUGGUGAUAUAACUGGAAAACUGAAAUCUCAAAUCAAUACCGAAUUGACUGGCGAAUAUUUGGAUUUAUACAUGCCCUUGGAAGGAACGAAUAGUGUAGUUCAUCGUGGUUUUACCAUUGAAAGACACGAUGAUAGCGCGAACAUUACCGCUAAAACCAAAUAUCAUUCAUGCGGUACGUUAACACUGUACGAUGAUACGACACAUUAUCAAACCGCAAUGUUUACGGCUGAGGUAUUGUUUCGAUAUCCAAUUGUUGGACGCAUACUAUUCCGUCAGCCACGCGACGAGCCAUGGGUCGACACAACGAUCAUUGUUGAAUAUUUAAUCCAUGCGGAUGGUUCAACUUUAAACAAAUCGCUUGAUCAUCGAUGGGCAAUUCAUCACCAUCCACCGGGAAUGGAUUUCUAUAAUUGGACGGCGAGAUGCUUAAGUACUGGCGAUGUUUACAAUCCGUACAAAGUCAACUACGAGAAUAAUCUUCCGACAGAAUGUUUUAAUUUGAACGUCGGAAUGUGCCGAUUAGGCGAUCUUAUCAAUCGUCUUGGAUCGUUGUCAAUAGCUGGCAGUAAAGCCGAACGUGGGGUCAGUCGACGGAUGUUUACCGAUGUAAAUUUACCUCUAUCUGGUCACAACAGUAUCCUCGGAAAGUCACUAGUCAUUUAUGAUGAUUUUGGUCCAGUGGCUCGAGGAGAGCGAUUGGCAUGCUCAAUAAUCGGCGGUUACCAUUGGCGAAAAGCAGUCGCAAGAGAUUGGUAUGCGAAUGGAGUCCCGUUAUCGCUUGCCGGGAAACUUGAAAUGUUUCAGCAAUCCGAAUACGAUCUUACAAAUGUAGAGGUGCAUUUUAAAGAACUGAAAGACAACAGCGGUUAUCACGUUCACGUCACUCCCAUCGAAAGUGAUUUAGAGUUUCCGUGCGAAGAUUCGUCACUAUAUGGCCAUUGGAAUCCACGCGAAAUAGAUCCGAAAAAGUCACCUCCACCUGCAUUCGGCACGUCCGAUCAGUACGAACUGGGUGAUUUGAGUGGAAAAUUUGGAACGUUAGACAAUGUUGAGGAAUAUAUGAAUGCAUACAAUGACACCAAUUUACCGUUGUAUGGAUAUGAAACGGUGUUGGGAAGAUCCAUUGUCAUACACAAGAAAAUGCAUAACUUGCGCUGGGCCUGCAGUACACUGGAACGCGGUUACAGUCCUCAUGAAGCACGAGAGAUUCGUGCAAUAGCCUCAUUCCAUCACCCGUACGGCUAUGCUUAUGGAUACAUUCGCUUUACGCAACUCAUUCACAAUGAUGGCAGUAAAAGUGACACAGUCAUUGAAGUGAAGCUGCAACACCCGGGCGAGAACGAUCGGAAUAUCACGUACAAUCAUCAUUGGAAUAUAUUUGUGAAUCCUGUUGGUGUAGAUGCGACUGUAAAGCAGACCGCUACGAGAUGUGUGGCUGGCGGAUAUAUCUGGAAUCCGUUUUAUACGCAACUGGCCGAUCCAUUAAAUAUGGAUCUUUAUCAUACUGAAUGUGGGACAGAUAAUCCACUCAGGUGUUAUGUUGGUGAUGUAUCGGCUAGGGUUGGAACGAUUGACAUUGGGCACAAGCGAGUCGUAUUUUCCGAUCAAAACUUUCCACUUGAAGGUACUCAAAGCGCUGUUGGUCGAUCUAUUGUUAUCUUCGGACCAAAUUAUUCGUCAGAACGAUAUGCGUGCGCUAAUAUCGAGCCAGAUCACGACAUUGUCAAAUAUAUCAACUUACAAAAGCCGCCAAAGUUUGUGGUGGCUCAAUUUCUGGAGGACGCACGACACGUGAUGGGCCUACCGAAAUGGAUGUUAAGCAUCGAUUCGAGAAAAACGAAAACAUUGCACAACGGCGCUUGUAUUCAAAUGAUUGUCCAUUUUAAGGGAGCCCAGGCUCAUCAAAUCGAAAUCGAUUUUUCGAAAUUGCUUACCAGUGGCAGAUUGGACGAGCCAGUCAUUAAAAUUCCGGGCUAUGUGAAUCAGAAGCGAAAAAAAACGUUGUCGUAUCGCAUUUGUUCCGUACGUGAUCCGAAUGAAAAAAAUAAAAAAUUAGUACUGCGACCCGGCAAUCAACGAAGCUAUGGUAUCUCCAUACAGGUCAACGUGCUACUACUAUUCGUGAAUGCAAUUAUUCUUCGAGCUGCGAUUUAAGUUUUUUUUUAAAUUUUAUUUAUUUAUUUUCUUUGUUGGUAUGUGACGUCUGAAAUACAUAAAAUGUUAAUUACA